UUCAUAUUCUUGAAAAACGUCAACAACAUCCAUAUUGCUCAUUUUUCGUACAUAAUGAUUUUAAAAAUAUAAUUAUCGAUUUUAGCUACAAAGGCAUUGAGGACGAAUAGAUUGUUAAAAUGUAAUGAAGGGUUUUAUGUUUUAAUUGUUAACAAUAUACUGCCAUAGUAUCUCAUGUUGUGAAUAUUGGUGAUAGAAUUUUUAUUAUUAUAAGAAUACAAGGUUAGUUAGUAUAUAUUUAGAGUAAAUGAUUUUUAAAAUAUGUCGAUUAAAGAUGAGAAAUCUGAUAUAAAAAAUUUAAAAAUUGAGAAAAAAGAUGGUGACAAAAGAAAAGAUCCCACUUCAUUCUUGCCAGAAGAAGCAAUGUCGUACGAAAUCAAGUCAAAGAAAAAGAAGAAGAAAAAAAAGAAAGACCUAACAGAAGACCCAUUUAAAGAUAUAGAGGAGAAAGUCACUUUGCCGACUCCAACAUUUUACGACCCGACUGGAGAUAUCGACCCAGAACCAGUCCACCAUUUGGAUCCAGAAGUAAAUAUAAAGGUUGAGAAUAUUGAAGUGGAGUUGGAUUUUAAUGAUUUUGCAAAUGAUAACGGUUUAAUGGUGGAGGGACCUCAGAGUGAAGAUAGCCAAGAACCGGCUGUGAAGAUCGAAGAUCAUAACCAUGAAGCAGUGCUUCUAACUUUUGAAAGUAUACUUAAAGACAAGAGCAUGCUUGGUCUAGUUCCAGAUGAAAAUGUUUUAGGAUUCAGCGCCAUUACAGCUCCCGCGCCGAAUUUUGUGUGCAAAGUCUGCCAUCUAGUCUUUCAAACUCCGAAAACAUUGAGAAUGCAUCAAAAAAGAAAGCACAAGUCCUAUCGAAAGUCCUUUAAACAUAUAUGUGAUUACUGUGGGAUGGCGUACGAACAAAAAAACAGUUUGGUGGCACAUAUAAAAAGAAAACACGGACCUGAUUCAGUACCUGAUGAUUUGGAAGAGAGGACGUGCGACGUAUGUGCCCUAGUUUUCAAAGGAAUUGCAAGAUUGCGCAUGCACAUGCGAAGAAAGCACGGUUCUUUCGAAGAGUCCUUUAAAUAUAUAUGUGACGAAUGUGGACUGACAUACGACAAGCAUAGAAGCUUAAUUGUGCAUAUGCAAAGAAAACAUUCGAACGAACCCAAACCAGUGCUGGAUACGUGGUACAAUUGUCCAUUUUGUCCCAAAGUAUUUACUAAAAGAGAGACUUACGUGAGACACGUACAGCGAAAGCAUAGGAUAAAUGACGAUGAUGAUAAGAAGAAAGAAGAAGAACUAGGAACUGAAGGAAUGAAGGAAUUGUUGCAUUGCAAGAAUGAACAAACGGGAGAGAUAACUUGCAAAGAGUGUCCGCUAGUUUUUUCGUCAUUGAACUUCUUGAAGUUGCAUAUGAGAAGGAAACAUAAUGCGCUAAAAGAUGACUUCAGGUUGAAAUGUAUGAUAUGCAAUCUGUCGUAUGAUAAAGUUGAAAGUUUAAAACGUCACAUCAGAAGAAAGCACGAUAAAGGAACAUACUGUGAUGUUUGUGAGAUACAGUUCGAAACUCGCGAUAUGUAUCUCCAACACACACACAAAAGAAUGAUCCAAGAAUGCCACAUAUGUGGUCUCGUUUUCGCUUCUAGAGGGGGUUUGUGUAAACAUUUGCGAUGUACGCACAAAAUCGAAGCGCCUAAAACUGUCUUCUGUGAUAUUUGCGGCGAAAGUUUUCACGAUAAACGUCAAUUAAAACCUCAUUACAUGAAGGUCCAUUUGAAAGUAUCGUACACCUGUCGAUAUUGUAAGAAAAUAUUUAGGGCAAAGGAAAGUUACAGACGUCACGUUCUGUUGAAACAUCCAAACCAGAGUCAGAGUCAGAAUCAGCAGAAAUGCGAUCACUGUCCAGAAACGUUCUUGGAUGAAUUCGAACUGUGUAAACAUAUCAACAUAGCGCAUCGAGUGCAGAAAGGCAACGAAAUUGGUGCUAUGACAUUAAUAGAGGUGAAGAAGGAAGAAAUGGACAUACCAGCGACAUUUCAAUGCACGAAAUGUCCAGACAACUAUGACAGUUGGGAGCAACUGAAAUUGCACUAUGAGCAAAAUCAUCAGAAAAUAUCCAACACACAGUGCCAGGUUUGUGGUGAGAUGGUGCCUGAAUUGGAAAUACAGAAACAUAUCAAAGUACACAGUAAUGAUACUAAGGUACAGUGUAGAUAUUGUGAAUUCGAAACGUCGAAUCGUGCCAGUAUGACACAACAUAUGCUGAGACAUAAAAACGCGACAACUUUACACUGUGACUUCAACGGUUGCAGGUACAAAACUUAUUACGAACGUGCCAUGGAGAAGCAUAAGAGGAAACACGAAGAUUUAGGCCUCAAAUUGCAAUGUACGCAAUGUCCUUUCCAAACCAUGAAUAAAUACAUUCUGAGAUAUCACGAGGAAGCUCACGUGACUGGCAAAAAGAGGUAUAUGUGCGACCAGUGUGACUAUGCGACCAUUUUACCUGCAAACUUAGUUCAACACAAAUACAAACAUUCAUCAGAAAAACGGUUCAAGUGUGAAGUCUGUCCGUUCGCGACGAAGUACAACACGUCGCUGCGUUUUCACGUUAAGAAAAAACACUGUGAUCUCCCUACAUUCAAGUUAAUUACAAAAUGAAUUUCUUUUUUAAUAUUACUGUUAAUGUUUAAGUAUUUUGGUGUUGUCUUUAUUAAUUUGAUUUAUUAAAAAACAAUUUAUUAUU